UGCUUUUAUGUUUAGAUAUUUUCGUUAGAAGUAAACAAAAAUAAAAUCACAUAGCGGUAGAAUAAAAUUCAUAAAUAACGGGUGUACUGAAAUUCGUUGUGAGAAAUACAUAGGAUUGUGGGUAGGCACAGCGAAACUCGAUCUGUUAAUAUAGUUAUUCAAUGUUGAGAAGUACCCAAAUAACCAUUAACAACCAGUACAAUCUCUGGCACAUAGUAGACACUCAGUAAUUAUGUAUUAAACUGAUUUAAGUCCGGCCCCUGGUCCCCACAACCUGUAGCUCCCAGUCUGGCCGAAGAUCUCCCCUGUGUGCCUUUUAGCCUAAGUAUUACAGAAGCUUUUGGACAGCAGAGGGCGCUUUUCAGGGGGUGGGGGCUUUAGUAAAACUACUUUGGGAAGGCCCAGAUGAUGAUGAAGAUGAAGAUGAUGAUGAUGGGGAAGAAGAAGGAGAUGAUGAUGAUGGAGGAAAGUAAUUAUCAUUUAUGAGUGCUGAGUGCUAGGCACUGUCAGAGCACAUGAAUAUCAUGAUCUUGUUUCAUCUUUACAAUUGCCCUGAGAAGUAGGAGUUGAUGUUAUCCUCAUUGUACAGCAUAAAAUUAAGCUUUUCAGUUCCACCACAGUUAGUCAAAAUUGGGAGCCCAAGGCUUUAAAGACUCUGGUAUACUGACUGCCAAAAAAAGAGAGGGUACAGUGUUGGUCAGGUGGAUCAUUGCUUAAGUUCCAGUGCUCUAGGGUUGCCAGGUCAAGCACUACUCAAGUUCUGGCAUUCUGGGAAUCUGAAUCAGGAGAACUAUAGUUUUGCUCCUGUGUGCUCUACUGAUUCUACAGAGGUUAUAUAGAGACAGUGACCUGAUCUUACAGGUUAAGAUACAAAUGCAAAUAACUCUAGUACAGGAAAUAAGUGCCGGGAGAGAGAGAUAGACAAUGAGGAUUUAAAUAGUUAAAGGUCAUUUGGGGGAGGAAAGGUGGAGGUGGCUUUUGAGGAAUAAGUAGAAUUUCAGAAAUGAAAUUCCACAAAGAGUGUUUAAAUUCUGUCUGUGCUAUUUUUACCAAAUAAGUGGUUCACUUUGGUUCAUUGUGUGUCUCUAGAUGAAGAGUGAGAAGUAAAGUAGAUUGAGGUGUGGUGUGGAUGACCUUCACUGCCAGGAGAUUUUAACUCCUUCCAUAGACAAAGAGAAACCAUUUAAAGUUUUUAUAAAGGAGUGAUGUAAUUAGAGUUGCAUGUCAGGGCUUGUCUCUAUUAGGAAUAUGCUCUUCUCCCAAAUAUCUGCAUAGCAUACUCCCUCUUCUCUUUCAGUUUUUUAUACAAAUAGUACCUUCACUGUGAGGCCUUUCCUGACUUCCUGUGUAAAGUUACAACCCCAUCCCAGGACUCCCUUGUUUUCUUCCUUGUUUUAUUUUAUUUAAUAGCACUUAUCACAAUCUAACAUACAUAUUUUACCAACUUCCUUUUAUUGUUCUCUUUCCUCCCACUUGAAUGAUAGGGGAUAAUCAUGUCUGUUUUAUUAACUGCUGUAGCCCCAGUGCUUAGAACAAUGUCUGGCAUGUGGUAAGUUCUCAGUAAAUAAUUCUUGAAUAAAUGAGUGAAUAUGGCAAGAGUGUGGGGGAGAUACUAACCUGAAGAGACUGAAGUAAAGCAGACCAAUCGAGGAGCUUCUGCAGGAAUCAAGAUGAGAGGUGAGAAGGGCCUGAAGGAACCAGAGGGGUGACACCAAUAUUAAGAAAGGAGGAGACAGUCUGGAUAUUGAAUAAUUGGCAUUAGGACAUGACUAGAUGUGGGAGUGAGGUUCCAGUGGAAUGGCUGCUGUAAGUAAGCCUAGGAAACUGAGAUGUGAUGUUUGAGGAAUGGGUCUACAUUGUUAAAUUCUGCCAGCUGAUCGAGGGUGAUCGUUAAGAAAGGACUACUUUAUUUACAGAGGACAGAGAAAAUAGAGUAUAUUUAUAGGCAGUUGCAAAGUAACAGUGGAAUUUAAGAAAAGAGAUAUUAUAGUCUGGUUCUAAAGGAAGCCCAGAGUAUGGUGAAUGGAAAAAAUUAUGUAGGUGAUAAUGAUAUUAACAAAAUUUAUUAUUUCCUACAAGCCAGUCUCUUUGAUCAUUAAUCAUCUCCCUGUCUAAGGAACAAUUUCUCUUUCCGUGUUACAGUUGAGGAUACAGACAGGUUGAAUAACUGGCCAUGGUCACACAGCCAAAAGUGGCAGAGCAGGUUUUGAACUAAAACCAUGUGACUCCAGAUGCUUUGCUGUUAACCACUAUUCACACUGCCUCUUUGUAACAGAGACCAUAAAAUGCUUAAUCCUGAUAAAGAGACCAGUUCAAGGUUUUUGAGUUUAAAGAAAUAUAUAUAAACCUAGUAGAAGAAUAUGAGUUCUCAUAUCACCUUAGGAGCAAAAACAGGAUUCCUCACAAGAGAUUUAUAGAUUAUAAAUGGAUAGAUUAGGAUUUUCUUAAGAUACUGAAGUAUAGGCAUGAGAAAGUAGGGAUCUCGAUACUAAUUUUCAAGUAGAAGGACUUGAAAAGAAAAGAAUUCAGUAAUUAUAUUGAUAUCAAUAAUUUUUUUUAAUGUUUAUUUAUUUUUGAGAAGAGAGAGACAGAGCAUGAGCGGGGAAGGAGAAAGAAAGAGGAGACACAGAAUCUGAAACAGGCUCCAGGCUCUGAGCUGUCAGCACAGAGCCCCACGCGGGGCUUGAACUCACGGACCGCGAGAUCAUGACCUGAGCCGAAGUCGGAUGCUGAGCCGACUGAGCCAUCCAGGCGCCCCAUAUUGAUAUCAGUAAAAUGUUGGAAACAACCUGAAUACCCUGGGAAGAAGAGAGGUUGAAUAAAGUGUGGUACAUCCACACAAUGGAGUGCUAUACUGCUGUAAAAAACAAUGAGGAGGAUCUGUGGAAGCGAUAUGGAGUGAUUUCCAGGAUACACUGUUAGGUGAAAACUACAAAGGACAAAGAGAUCUAUGGCACCAAAGAUGUUACAAAGAAAUGUAAUCUCAGAAAACAAAUUUCUAGCUACAUGGAUAGAGCAGAAAUAGUGAAGAAAUACACGGAUCAAGAAAAAGAAGAUGGAAAAUAUCAUCGGCAGAUUAAAAUAGAAGAGAAUGCAACAGGUUUCAGUUACGAGUCACUUUUUCAAGAAUAUCUUAAUGAAACAGUUACAGAAGUUUGGAUACAAGAUCCUUAUAUUAGACAGAUUCAUCAGCUGUAUAACUUUCUUCGAUUUUGUGAGAUGCUUAUUAAGAGACCGUGUAAAGUAAAAACCAUUCAUCUUCUCACUUCUCUGGAUGAAGGUAGUGGGAAAGAGCAGCAAAGUAGUGGCCUGCAAGAAAUAAAAGAGUCACUCAAGAAUCAUGGAGUGCUGUUGGAAUUAGAAUAUUCUUCUUCAGUACAUGACCGAGAAAUUAGGUUUAACAAUGGAUGGAUGAUUAAGAUUGGAAGGGGACUUGAUUAUUUUAAGAAACCACAGAGUCGUUUUUCCCUUGGAUAUUGUGAUUUUGAUUUAAGACCAUGUCAUGAAACAACGGUGGACAUUUUUCAUAACAAGCACACAAAAAAAAUAUGAUGGGCAGUAACUUAAUUUGCAUUAUAUAUUUAUAUUUUAA